AUGCUACACCUCAAGUCUUUUGGCGAGCGAUUGCCAAUGCAGUCGAAGGUACUGACUUGUCUGAGCCGACAACGUUUGAAGAUGCUGUUGGUGGACCAGAUCAAGUGCAUUGGCAUAAAAAGGAAAGCUGAUGGAUCCAUCGAGAAAUACAAGGCGCGCCUCGUGGCAAAAGGGUUCAAGCAGAAAUAUGGCAUCGACUACACGGAAACGUUUUCGCCGGUAGUCAAGUACGUGACGCUGCGCAUGGUGGUUGCAAUCACGAAGUACUUUGGCUGGACACUGGACCAACUGGACGUGGUGACAGCUUUCCUAUACGGAGAAAUGAAGGAAAAUUUAUUCUGCGCGAUCCCAGAAGGAGUCGAAGUUGAUGAAGACUUUGACUGCUUUGAACUGGUCAAGGCGAUCUACGGACUAAAACAAGCAUCGCGCGUAUGGAACGAGACUUUUCAUGAGUUCGUCUGCUCCAUUGGAUUUCAAGUCUCCGAUUUUGACCCGUGUCUUUAUCUCAAGAUUACAAGUGGCGAGUGCGUGCUUUUGCUGGUAUACGUCGAUGAUGUGUUGGUGACUGGCAGCUCAACCGAACUGAUUAUGCGCAUUGAGAGUGACUUAAAGGCGCGUUUCGAAAUGACCGACAGUGGGAAGUGCGCAUUCGUGUUUGGCAUCGAGCUGGUGGACAACGACGACGGUAGCGUGACGAUGUACCAGCGACGCUACGUGGAAGAUGUUCUCAAACGUUUUGGCAUGAGCGACUGCAAAGCCGUCACCAGCCCAACAGACACCAGUUCUUGA